AAAGCUAUUUUUAGAUGAAGUUGGAAGGUCGAUGUUGAAAUGUUCUCGAUGGUUCCCAUCUUCUUCGAUGAUGGUUUAAAUAUACAUACAAAUCGUUAAGAAUAUCUUAUGAAGUCUAAAAAAAAGAGGAUAAACAAUAUAUGAAUAUGUAAUAAAUAGACUGUGGAUUUUUGUGCAUUUAUUUGAAGGUGCAAAGAUCCACAUAAUGCGUGCAAUGCAAAAAUAUACAUAUAAAAUAUUCAAAGUAGAGCGUUUAUUAUGAUAUGUAGUAGAUGAAUUUCUCUAAUUGUACUCAUAAAAAUCCACAGUUUAGUAAUAAACUAGAAUUGAGGACCAGUCAAUGAAUAUGGCGACACUUGACCACCUCCACGUAAAAAAUGGCGGACUGUAAGGAAAAUAAAGAAGAGACGAAUCGACCAUCCUAUGUUUUAAAGGUAGAUCCACCACAAGAGUCACCGGGGGAUUCACCUGAAAAUUCGACCAGUGAAGAAAUGGAGAGCUCAUCGACAGAAAAUAAUACCCAGGAAUCACCUUCGAGUUCUAACAGGCCAGUGUUAGCUGCGUCAAAGUUUAGAACAACGUUUGGGUGUAGUGAUUCCAUUAAGAACUUAGUUGAGGAAAGAAAGUCAUCCACGUUGUGGCCGUCUCAACUGAGCACAGUGACAAACAGUAAGCCUACUACUAAAGUAUAUCUACAACCAGCUAAGUUUCAGAAUCCAUUUGCAAAAGCCACAGAUUCAUUAUUAGAUGAAAAGAAUAAGGAAAAGGAAAAUAAUAAAACAGAAACAACGGAAGAUAAGAACAAAGAAAAGGAUGAUAAGAGUGAAAAGAAAAAUGAUAAUAGCGAAGUAAGAGAAACUAAAGGUGAAGUAACAGAAAGUAAAAGUGAAAUAAAAGAAGCUAAAAGGGAAGACAAACCAAUUGAGGAAGUGAAGCCCACCUUCCUGUUGCUAGGCACAAGCACAAAAGAUAGUGUAAAUACUACAAUAACGCCUUGUGUAUCAGAACCAAACUUUGUAUUUGGUCAGAACUUACAGGAACGCGUUGUGAUCGCAAAUGAUGCAGAAAAUUCUGACAAAACAGAAGACAAGGAGAAAAACGAAAAAAAGGAGGAAAGCACAAAUGCAAAUGGUUCCACAGAGCUUCUUUUUUCCAGUGCGUCAGCAGCAUGCCGUACUACCUCCAAAUCAAGUCUAACAUUAACCGAAGCUGCUCAAAAAUUAGAAGAAGCAAACCGUGCUAAUAAGAGGAAGUAUAGUCAAGUAACACCAUUAACUGGUGAAGAAGGAGAAACAAAUGUUCUUCAGAUUAAUUGUAAAUUCUUUGCGUUUGACAAGGCUAGUGGUAGUUGGCAAGAAAGAGGUAGAGGUACUUUAAGGCUAAACGACCGCGACGGAGAAUCUCGAUUAGUGGGACGCACUGCAGGAACGCAGAGAUUAAUUAUGAACACAAAAGUAUGGCCAGGAAUGAUCGCGGAACGAGCGGCACUUAAAUCAUUAAGACUAACGGCGAUGGAUGUUCAAGGAAGUAUCAGAAUCUUCAUUAUUCAAGCAGCGCCAAAGGAAGUGGAACAACUCCAUGAUUUGUUGGAAGAGCGGCUACUACUCGCAGAGGAACGCCGACUACUCGACGAGCAACGCCGACCCAAGAAAUUAGCUACUGACCAGUGACAGUCGAUCAGUCGUCCUUGCGAGUUGUUUGCCAGUUAUCAUCUAAAUGUACGCGAUACAGAAGUUGUUAACACGUGAGAACAAGAUUCGGGAAACUACGUCGAAGUUAUCAGGCCCUAUUUGUUUCUAUAGUAAUUCGUACACAAUAGAACUAUGGCUAUGAUUCGCGCUUUUUCCCCUUGUGGAAGUUCUUAGACUUCGAUGAUAUAUCCCGUGGUGCACUGAUGUUUGCAGACAAGCAAGAGGAGACAAAAAAGGCGAAAAUACCAAGCCGAAUUCUUUUUGGUAUAUAUUUUCUAAUCAUUCCCAACCGAUAAUUCUUUUACACGAAUUUCAAACAGCGUUUUUUAAAAGGAACCGAGAAAACCACUGGCUAGGGAGUUUUGAUAAUAGUAUAAUACGAACA